AGUGAAAACGUGGCUGGGGCGGGGGGAGAAAGCGGCGUCGGUUGCGCAGGCGCACCAGCCCGCCGCCGUUGAGUCCGCGCUGCCGGCCGGGCCUGAGAGGGGGGUCCACGAGACUAAAAGGCUCUGGGUCUUGACAGCGGCUCCCUCCCACCCAGGGCGGCGCGGUCCUUUGAGCCGCGCGCUGGAGGAAGAAGAUCCUCCGGGUGGCUCUUUCCCUCCCUUCCUCCGCGAGGCGAGUACCCGCCCAGCGGGGCGUGAGCGGCGGCGGCCGCCGCGGCCAGAGCCAGGCCGGAGGGGGAGGCGCCUGGCUCCUGCCCCCCUUCUCGGCCACCUCCGCCGCCACCAUGAAGCUCGUGAGGAAAGACAUCGAGAAGGACAACGCGGGCCAGGUGACGCUGGUGCCCGAAGAGCCCGAGGACAUGUGGCACACGUACAACCUGUUGCAGGUGGGCGACAGCCUGCGCGCCUCCACCAUCCGCAAAGUGCAGACCGAGUCGUCCACGGGCAGCGUGGGCAGCAACCGCGUGCGCACCACGCUCACCCUCUGCGUGGAGACCAUCGACUUCGACUCGCAGGCCUGCCAGCUGCGGGUUAAGGGCACCAACAUCCAGGAGAACGAGUACGUCAAGAUGGGUGCCUACCACACCAUCGAGCUGGAGCCCAACCGCCAGUUCACCCUGGCCAAGAAGCAGUGGGACAGCGUGGUCCUGGAGCGCAUUGAGCAGGCCUGCGACCCGGCCUGGAGCGCCGACGUGGCCGCGGUGGUCAUGCAGGAGGGUCUCGCCCACAUCUGCCUCGUCACGCCCAGUAUGACCCUGACUCGCGCCAAAGUGGAGGUGAACAUCCCACGCAAACGCCGGGGCAAUUGUUCCCAGCACGACCGUGCCUUGGAGCGCUUCUACGAGCAGGUGGUCCAGGCCAUCCAGCGCCACAUCCACUUUGACGUGGUCAAGUGCGUUCUGGUGGCAAGCCCAGGUUUUGUGAGGGAGCAGUUCUGCGACUACAUGUUUCAGCAGGCCGUGAAGACAGACAACAAAUUGCUGUUGGAAAACCGAUCGAAAUUCCUUCAGGUACAUGCCUCUUCUGGGCACAAAUACUCAUUGAAAGAGGCCCUUUGUGAUCCCACUGUGGCCAGCCGCCUCUCAGACACCAAGGCUGCUGGCGAAGUAAAAGCCUUGGAUGAUUUCUACAAGAUGUUGCAACACGAACCUGACAGAGCUUUCUACGGACUCAAGCAAGUGGAGAAGGCCAAUGAGGCCUUGGCAAUUGACACCUUGCUCAUCAGUGAUGAGCUCUUCAGACACCAAGAUGUAGCCACCCGCAGCAGAUAUGUGAAGUUGGUGGACAGUGUCAAAGAAAACGCAGGCACAGUUCGGAUAUUUUCUAGUCUUCAUGUAUCUGGUGAGCAACUUAGCCAGUUGACUGGAGUUGCUGCCAUUCUUCGAUUCCCUGUCCCUGAUCUCUCUGACCAGGAAUCUGGUUCAAGUUCUGAAGAGGAUUAAUGAUUGGCACUUGUAAAGAGACCCUUUUCUGUCAUAUUCCUUAACCUGCAUAAACUAAUCUAUAAAACAGAUGUUCUCAGAUCCAGUAUGAAAGCUGCUAGGGAGGUUCUGUUGUAUUGAGGGUUUUUUGGUUGUUUUUUUUUUUGGUCAGGCUAGCCUUUUUCUGUUGGAAGUCCCAAACAUCUAGAAAAUAAAUUAAGAGAAAAUUAAUGUCUAAUUUUAUCCUUAUUCAUAUUGGUAAUUUUAGGGGGAAAAGUGGUUCAGAGAUACAUAUUAAUAGGCAGAAAAAUAAGCAGUUAGAUACUUAGGAAAAGGAAAAGCUGUGUGUUUCUUUUACAUCUCUAUUCAGUCUGUUCUAUAAGCCAUUGUUUUUGUUUCUAUUUUGUAUUUUUCAGGGUGCUUUGAAGUAAUUUUAUUUGUCCUCAAAUAGUUAACUAAAAGGGUUGGUUUUUUUUGGAAGAUGAGAUAGAAAAUUCUACUUAACAUGUCAGCAAAAAACAUCUAAAAAAACUUUAUAGGAAGUGAACAAGAUCAUUUCUAAAACGCUAAUAAGCCAUUGUAAAUGCCUUAAAAAGUUAGUCUUAUGCUAUACUAUGCACCGCUCAGGCUACUAUUCAUAGAGUUUUAGAGCAAGGGAACAUUUGUAAAGAUAAUACUCUUAUUUUACCAAUGAUAAAUUGAAAUCCAGAGAGGUUAAAGUGACUUUGAGGUCAAGUAGCUAAUUAUUAGCAAAGCUUAUAAUAGAAUCCAACAUUGAUUUCAUGUAGAGUGGUCUUUCUGCUUAUAGCAUUUUGAUUUGAUGAAUUUAUUCAUAGUUAUAUUUGAAUUUCAAGUUGCCUAUAUUGGGAAUUUUAAAGCAGCAUUUUCUACAUUCAAAAAAUGGUUUAGUUAGGCAAUUGUGUCAUAAUUGAAUAGAGCCUAUAUGCAGCAGAUUAAGUAAGCAAGACAUUUAAUUGUUUUAGAAUUGAAAAAAGAAUGCUAGGUAAUUUACCACAGUGUCAGUGAAAUGGUCUGUUCUUUGAAGUGGUAGGUUAGAUUUUGCUCAUGGUCUGUGGGUACCAAAUAGAGAGUUUUAGACAUUCAUUAACUCAUUCCAAAAUGAUAUGAUUUAUUUCCUGUUCUGACUGCUGACCUAUAUAGUGAAACCUGCUGAAAAUCAAUUUUAACCAACCCAUUUCACCUAGUAUUAAGCCUCCCCGUCCCCAAAUUUUUAAUACUACCCCAUACACACAUACUUUCAAUAAGCUCAUGUUGUACUUCAAAAAACAACUUUAAGAUAGGAUGGGACUUUCAGUUAAUCUUUAGAACACUUCAUUUUCAAAUGUAGCAAUCACUUGAAAGUACAUUUCAAAAUGUAGCAUGAAAAACUUAUUAGCCUAUUCCAUCAACCUAAUAUGGCAGUUCAUUAACACAUAGAGGUGAUAAAGUGCACAAUUUGAUAUUGUGCAUAAGAUAUUAAUCACACUUUUGUUCACCUUGAUUAGAGCUCUGUUUACAAUGAAAAAAACGAAUUUUUCAUGUUAAAGUUUUAAUAAUUUUGACCACUGUUUCACACUUUCCAGACAGGUAUGUCCCCUAGUUUGAAGUUUGCUUUUUUUUUUAAACCAAAGUAUUUUCUGUUAUCAAAUAGGCAACAUACAAUGUGCUCACAUGUAAGCCAUGCUUCCUACAAAAUUAGGUCUUUAAACAUAUCCAUAAUUUAAAGAUAAUUGAUAUCAUGAUAAUUAUAAAGGUCUACCUGGAAGUCAGGAAGACCUGGGUUCAAGUAUAGUUUCUGAUGUGUUAACCUGAGCCUUUUAUUUCAUCUUGCAGGCAAUUCUUUCAAACUAGAUUGCCGAGUAUCUAUGGCUCUGCUUUUAACUAUACAGGGACUGUACCUCACUAAGAGUUCUCUGCAUCAGUGAAUUCACAGACUCUAUUCCACACACCACCCCCAAAAGGCAUUUAAAUUGAUAUGUUCUCUUUCCUUGUGCUAAGAUUUUAAUUCUUUUCGUCCCAUAGUAAUCAAAUACACAUGUGAAAGGCUCUCUAAUAUUUAGUAACUUGUACUAUACUAGAUAUAAAAUUGUUUUAAGAUCUCUUAUUUCCAAAUAUCCCUUUAAAAAUGGGAGAAUUGGGGGUGGUUUAAUUUUCUUUUACAUCUGAGCAAAGAAAACUAUUAAAUAUUUUAUGUGAAGAACAUCUGUUUAAUGUGCAGGAUUCUGAAAAAGAGAAGGUCCCAAGAGGCUUUAUGACAGUAGGUUAGUAGAAAAUUCCUUUGGAGGCUUCUUUGGUCUUAAAUGACUUCUUGUUGCUUUUAAAAAAAAUAACAAAUUGUUUGUUUGUUUUUUGUGCCAUGGCUUAUACCUUUCAGAAAUAGAUUGGUGUGCAAAUAUUUAUCUUUUUUGAUUUGGAACAAUUUGAAGUCUAGUUUGGUUUGUCUUGAAUUUAUGCAAUGCAAUGGUGCUUUACUUCAGUAUCCCCAAUUUGAAGAAAAAAAAAACAAGUUUAGAAAAGUUUUUGAAAUAAAAAUAUUGUAAGCUUUUAAUGUUCAA